CGAGCGGCUGCGUUGCCUUAUGUUUCGUGCGCCGGUGUUGAAAAGGCUUGAAUGUGGUAUGGCAUGGUAUCACCAAUCUUUAAACUUUUCCAUCAAAUGCGGAAUUCUUCAUUUUAUAUUACCAAACCGAUCGUUUAUGAGUGCUUAUCUCACGGUCCAUUCAGACGAUGCAAUUUUUCUAGUGAUUCCGGGGAUUCACAAUGUUUAACAAAGCAUCGAUAUAAAUGGGCUGCAUAUGAAAAAAGGUACUUUUAGUAUCACUGAGGAAAUUUUUUAAGUGCAACUGAUAAUGAUCCACAUAAAACUUCCAUAAUUUUAUUCCCAGGACAAGGAUCUCAUUUUGUCGGGAUGGGCAAAAAUCUUGUAAAGUUACCGAAGAUAAAGCAAAUGUUUCAAUGUGCCAAUGAAAUAUUAAGAACAGAUAUUCUCCGUAUUUGCCUUGAGGGUCCUGCUUCCAAACUAUCAAAAACCAUUCAUUGUCAACCAGCUACUUUCAUAAUUUCUUUAGCAGCCCUUGUAAAGCUUCGAGAAGAAAAUGACGAGGUUUCUAUUCCAUAUAAUUCACGCUAUAUGUUUUAAGUUAAUUAGAAAUUGCGUGGUUACAGCAGGGUUUAGUCUCGGCGAGAUCAGUGCUUUAGUGUUUUCGGGUGCCCUGACGUAUGAAGAAGGUCUGCAUAUCAUUCGUGUCCGAGCAGAAGCAAUGCAAAAAGCUUGUGAUGAAAAAGCUGGAGCAAUGAUUACUGUUUUCCUCAAUCCUGGAUCCCCAUUAAAACUUUGUAUAGCAGCAGCUAUCAAUCAUUGCGAGGUUCGCCAUAAAAUCCAAAACCCUUGUUGUAAAGUUGCUAACUAUUUAUAUCCAGAUUGCAAAGUUAUCGCUGGAAAUAAAGAGGCAAUCGACUUUAUUGAAGAUCAUGCUGGCCAAUUUGGAAUACGUCGAACUAAAAGAUUACCAGUUGAUGGGGCUUUUCAUACGCCUUUGAUGUUCUCUGCUCGGAAAAUUAUUGCUAAUUCACUAGACAGGAUGGGGGAUUUCCAGAGACCUUCAAUACCUGUUAUUAGUGCCGUAGAUGUGUUACCGUAUAGAGGUACAAUGAAUAUUAAACGAAAACUUGCUAUGCAGGUUAUCCGUCCUGUAAAAUGGGAGCAAACGAUGUAUGCAAUAUAUGAUCGCCCACCAGAUGUCCCUUUUCCUCGUACAAUUGAAGCCGGUCCUGGCCGACAGCUUGGUGCAAUGCUGAGAAUGGUCAGCCGUGGAGCAUUUGAUGGUUACAGCUCUAUAGACGUGUAGAUAUUGUCAUUCUCUUCAGUUGUAUUUAAAGUAUACCCAUGUAUAUACCAAUCAACGUGUACAGCUAAGCAAAAUAUAUUAGCAAAUUAAACUCAAUGUUUUUAUUUAGGCAUAAAUGAUUUAGUAAUAUAAUAAUUUUUUAGAGGUGUAGUUUACUUGUGAUUUAUUUUUUCACCUCUAUAAGUUACGAUAUUCUUUUCAGUUUCCCAUAUUUUGACUUCGUAAAGUAAAUUAUUAGGGAUAGCAUUGACUAAUUGUGAC